CAUGUGAAUCGACCAGAUAAGUAACUUAAUAACUGUUCCAAUAUUGAAAUCUGUAGAUCACUAGGUUACUGGUUAGUAAUAAUACAAUUAUGGCAAAACAGGUUAAAAAAGUCGAGGUGGCACCUUCUAACAACGAGUUACGAAUGCGUGUAAUAUUAUGGAUUUCUGUGGCUGUUGGUUUCAUAUUUUUGGUGUCAUAUACUUACAUUAAUUAUAUGGAGGUUCAGCUUCCACAUCUCCACUUGUUAAGCGACCGUGUACUCUUCACUUUACGAUGUCAGUUAUUUGAACUGUUGACGGUUGUAGUGUGUGUCUCGGUUGUGGCCUUACAACGGUUUUCUACUUCAGCUAUCAAUCCACUUGCAGGCCACGAGCGCGUAGUGCAAGUCACCAAAAACUGUUUGCAGAACACAAUGGAACAGUUUCUACUUAGCAGUUUUAGCCAACUAGUAUUGUGUACGUACAUCAACGAAGAACAGAUGAAAGUUAUUCCCCUACUCGUGUUUUUCUUCGUGGUGGGUCGGAUUACUUUUUUCUUUGGAUAUCUUUUAUCUCCAAUGUACAGAUCUUUUGGGUUUGCUUGCACCUUUAUCCCCACAGUCAUUACCAUUAUAUACUGUGUAUAUUGUGUGGUGACAAGUGGAAUUGGCAUAUACCUAGGAUCAAACAGUUACAACUUACGCAUGAAAUAGAUGUCUACACCAAAUCUGUACGACAUCAAUUUUAUAGUUCAGUUAGUUAUGUUUUGUUGUGUAUUAAAUGUCUUUAACAGUGUAAGGACUUAAGUAAAUAAUGAAACUGAUUUUGUUAUUGUUUAUGUAUUUGUGUGAUAAUAAACGGCAUUAGAAUAGUAU